UCGAAAAUGAUCCCUGACAGUGACUGCUUUAGGAAAGGCUAAGAGAAAGGCUGAAAAUGGUUUGAGUAAACGGUUUAUGUUAAGUUAAGAGUGCUCGACUGUCAGAUUAUUUCAGUGAGUCAUAGCAUGGAGACUUGAUCUUUUCAAGGGAACUGAGAUUUUGAGCUUCCUGAACAGCAGCAUUGUUUUUUUUUUUUUUUUUUUUUACCAGACAUGUAUACGUUCAUCUUGCGUGUGAUCAGCUGUCUCUGUAUCUUUCAGGGAGGUGUUUUUUCUGAAGAAUGCAGUCAGGGUGUAUUUGGAAAACGUGAGAGAUUCUUCGUUCCUGCAGGGGGCAGUUUGUCUCUGUCCUGUGUGGUUCAACACUGUGGAGGUAACUGGACAGUCAACUUUAAAAGGGAAAAUCUCACAACUUCAACCACUGUUGAAAACAGCGCAAGGCACCGUUUCACCAUAGCCCCCGUCAGUGCCAAUCAAAGCAAGGUAAAUUUAAAGAUUUUGAAUGUUAGACAGUCAGAUGAAGGGUUGUACACAUGCAACGUGAAAUGGAGUGAUGGAAGCCAUGAUGUAAGCCAUUGGAUGGAAGUGAAUGUCACAAAAGGUGUUGCCUUGGAGAGAAAACUCUCACACAGGCUUCUGGUCUGCACCGGCGCCUUUCUUUGUCUUCCUGUCAUUUUGGGAUUGGCUCGCUGCCUGAGUUCAGAGGUCAACCAACAGCCACAUCCCACGAAAGAGGUCUUACUUGCAGAUAGACAUAAAGUUAGAUCACAUCAGCCUCCACAGCCUCCACCCCGACGCCCAGUACCAAAGAAACGCACUGCUCCUCCUAACAAAGCUCUCUCACCAUCCCAGCAAAAGCCAGAGUUAUUGUAUGCAGACAUUUCUCAAGAUGCCCUGAAGAAUCAAAAAGCUCUGAGAGAGCCAGCUCAACCCACUGUCUACUCAUCUGUCAGGUUUUCCUGACAGCCAAAGACAGAAGACGAAACUAUGGAGCAGUCGGGUCCAAAGAUCUGUGGUAUAGGGUUAGAUGAAGGUCCAUUUAAUUGGACUUUCCAUUAGAGGUGAUAACUUGCUUAAAUGAGAUGGUUUUCUUGCAUGAACCCACAUUUUUAUCAUAAUGUAGGGGCUAUUCAUGAAGCUCAGUGUUUGCCUACUUUGUACAUUAAAAAGCAGUUUGAUUGGGUGAUUAGGAUUAUUGUCCUAUCAUAACUAACAUACACAGGUUUCAACUGUCUAGCUAUUGAUUUGAGGUAAAGUUAAACUCAAAGUAGUUCUUUAUUGUAGUGAUCAAGCAGUACAUUAAGCUCAGUUAAUUAUUCUAAGUAGUUUAAAAAGUUUCUAAUUUAGGAAACUGAGCAGAUUGCACUGAGUCAUCAAUUUAAAAUGUUCACUCAUUCUGGAUGAGCUUGCACCCACAGAAAAUGUGGGUUUCGUUGACUUAACAACAAUCCCUCCUACAGAGCAUGCUCAUAGUGACAGCGGAGAUAAAAAAAAAAAAAAACUCCCUUUAACAGGACGAAACCUCCAGCAGAAUCUGGAUCAGUACAUUGGAUUCGACUGACUGGGGAUUCAACAGAGCAGAAUGCACAAGGAGAAACAAAUGAAAUGACGGGUUAUUUUUACAUUUGUUAUUUCAUCAACAUUUUUUACAAUCUACAACGUAAGGAAAACAGACAGCCACCCCUAUGGUUGAUACCUGGUAUGGUAUUGUUAAGCUUAAAGCCCACACUAUGACUGUAUCUGGGCAAUAUGUUCAAAUACUCAGUGUGUGUUGAUGUUAAACUUGUUUUUCUGUGAAUAGUGACACUGGUGUCUUUAUGGUAGAGCGUUGGUUAUUCCUGAGUUCUUAUUGAACUUCCUAAUUGAUUUUUAUCUGAGGGUGAAAGUUUGAGUUUGAUCUGCUUCCAAAAAUUAAUAAAGUGUA